AUGAGGAAUUUUGUUUGGUCCGAGAUUGGGAAUGGUUCUAAUACUUCUGCUUGGUUUGAUACUUGGUGUGACUUGGGGUCGCUGGGUGAUUUUCUAUCGCCUAGAACUAUUAAUAAUGCGGGAUUCAAUUUGGAGUCUAAGGCUUCUGAUGUAUAUUCAAAUAAUACUUGGAGAUGGCCAGUCGCUUGGAGAGAUACCUACCCAGUCCUGAACCAACUGGAUCAGCUGGCUAUCAAUCCGAAUAAACCUGAUAUACUCAUGUGGCGACACGGUGAUGAUAUAAAUGAAUUUUCAACAUCUUGUGUUUGGAACUCGAUUCGUUAUAGUGAGCCGGAAAUAGCUUGGUGUGGAAUUGCAUGGUUCGCGCAAUGCAUUCCGCGGCAUGCUUUUUUGAUGUGGUUGAUCAUGAAAGGUAAGUUGCUCACUCAAGACAAGAUUUUGAAAUGGGAUUUUUCGCAAAGGAAGAAUAUGAAUAUGAUGUGCUGUUUGCUUUGUUAUGAAAAUAAUGACUCACAUAGUCAUUUAUUUUUUGAAUGUAAAUUCUCGUCGAAAGUUUGGCUAAUGGUCAGACAUAAAGUGGGGAUGGAUUCGGUUCAACCAAAGUGGGAUGAUGUUGUUGAUUGGCUUCUUAAUCGUGUUAAGUCUAAGUCAGCGGCCAACUAUGUUUCUAGAUUGUUGGUGGCGGCUAGUGCUUAUGUUAUAUGGCAGGAGCGUAAUGCUAGAAUGUUCAAGAACCAGUUGAGACCUCCGGAGACGAUAACUGAAAUUAAUAUUCAACAGGUUCGAUACAAAUUAAUGGGAGCGAAGCUGAAGAAGUGUGACAACGUGCAAAGGCUUCUAGGUGAUUGGGGGAUUUGCGUUUCAGAGAUGUACGGUGGAGCUGGCUGA